CGCUUACCCCUCAGCGGUAUAGUUAUUCAAAGGUGAAGAAAAUGACAAAUGCAUUCCGAGAUGAAAUAGGGAAAGGAGGAUAUGGCACUGUAUACAAAGGAGUGCUACCUGAUGGCCUUGUUGUGGCUGUGAAGAUGCUAAGCGAAUCUAAGGGUAACGGAGAAGAAUUUAUAAAUGAAGUUGCCAGCAUUGGUAGAACUUCCCAUGUCAAUAUAGUCACUCUUUUGGGCUUUUGUUAUGAAAGAGAUAAAAGAGCUCUAAUUUACGAAUACAUGCCUAAUGGAUCUCUGGAUAACUUCAUACACAAACAAGGAUCUGUUAAUGCAAAUUGCCGCUUGGAAUGGAAAACAUUAUCUGAAAUUGCAGUUGGCAUUGCUCGGGGUCUAGAGUAUUUGCACCGUGGUUGUAACACAAGAAUUUUGCAUUUUGACAUAAAGCCGCAGAACAUUCUUUUGGACAAAGAUUUUUGUCCAAAAGUAUCUGAUUUCGGCCUUGCCAAGCUAUGCAAAACGAAGGAUAGUAUUGUAUCGAUGAUGGGAAUGAGAGGAACUGCAGGAUAUAUCGCACCAGAAGUAUUUAGUCGAAACUUUGGAGCAGUAUCUCACAAAUCUGAUGUUUACAGCUAUGGGAUGUUGGUUCUUGAAAUGGUUGGAGCAAGAAAAAAUUUGAAUUCCGGAGUAUCCCAUACUAGUGAAAUGUUUCCACAUUACAUUUACAAGGAUCUAGAGCUAGAGAAGGAUGAUAUCAUUUUGGGGGAUAUAUCAGAGGAGGAAAACAAAAUAGCAAGGAAGUUGAUAUUGAUAAGUCUGGGGUGUAUUCAGACCAGUCCAUCUGAUCGGCCAUCAAUGAGCAAAGUGGUAGAGAUGCUAGAAGGUCCCCUUCAUUCCUUGCCGAUUCCACCGAAGCCUUACUUGUUUUCACCUGCAAGAUUUGCAGAGGAAUCUGUGACCACAUCUCAACCAUCUGAAACAGGCCGGCUAGCAUAAGUGUUGGCAAGAGACACAAAGAUUGUCUCAAUUCAAACCCAUUUGAAAAUGAUUCUUGGAAUGUAAGUUUGAUUUAUGGAACUGUAAGGUCUGAAGCCCAUUUAUGAUCGAUGGAUUGUAAUGUGACUUUAGUUUGAGUCUUGUAAACUUCUAAUUUCUAACAUCAUGAAGAGAAAAGGGCAAAAGAGUGGA